AUGCCUACCAACGAAGAGCAGAAGAACCUCGAGGCUAUCGGGGAGUACUUCACCGAGUACUGGGGAAAGGGCAAUGCCGCAAUUGUCGACAAGCUUUGUGCAGAUAACUUCGUCAUCAACUACCCUAUGCAUGGACCACGAUACGGAAAGGAGAAUGCCAAGAAGAUGCUUUUGGAGCUUUUCCCGACAUUUCUUUCCACGCUUACCAACACCCUGAAGGAUGGUCUCAUUGUGGAUGAGACGGGUGAAGAGGGCGCUUUGACAGCUCUUCAGCAGCUGGGCUUGGUUCAGCAGCCGAAUGCUGGAAAGGAGGUUAAAUAUCUCCACGAGUAG